AGAGAUCAGAUCACCUCGCCCUCCCAGUGGAAUCGAUAGUAGCUCUCUUCAUACCAUGAGCACUUUAGAAACACCGGUAUCCCGACGUCUAUCAAGCGUCAAGAACGUGAUUGUCGUGAUAUCCGGCAAGGGAGGAGUCGGCAAAUCUUCAUCCACCGUACAACUGGCGUUGUCGCUGCUAGCUACAUCGCCCACCGUGCGAGUCGGUCUGCUCGACAUCGACCUGACUGGGCCCUCUUUGCCGAGAAUGUUGGGUCUGGAUUCACGUGCGGUACAUCAGUCCUCAUCGGGCUGGGUGCCCGUCUAUGCGGAUCAAGAACGGAGACUAGGGUGCAUGAGUAUAGGAUUCCUACUGCAAGAUCGUGGCGAUAGCGUCGUUUGGAGGGGGCCGAAGAAGGAUGGCAUGAUCCGACAAUUCUUGGCCGAGGUUCGAUGGGGAGACCUGGACUACCUCGUAAUCGAUACGCCUCCUGGUACAUCGGACGAACACAUCUCCCUCCUUACACAUUUACAUCCGUUAUUCCUCCCGUCGCCUUCUCGACCUCCAAGUCAUUUCUCUCCUACCCCAACGUCCAUUCUCAUCUCAACGCCUCAAGCAACAGCGCUCAAUGAUACCCUCAAGUCGCUCUCCUUCACUCGCAAGCUGAAUCUACCCGUCCUGGGAUUUGUCGAGAACAUGUCGGGCUACGCAUGUCCGUGCUGUGGAGAGAUUAGCGAAGUCUUUUCGAAAGGUGGAGGCGAGAAGAUGGCACGGGAAGAAAAAGUCGGUUAUCUGGGCAGAGUGCCGAUCGACACCAAGCUCGUAGAGCUACUGGAUGAAGUCGUCAAGGGCAACAUCCCUGUCGGAGAUGACGUCGAGACGCGGGUGGGACAGGUAUCGAUCGGAAAUGAGUCCGAGAACCAGGUCAAGGAGAGCGACAAGCCUGGAAUUCCAUCUGAAGCUGUUUCAGUAUCAGAUCCUGCUCUUGACAAGCCGUCACAGCGGUCACCAUUCCCAUUACUGGAUCGAUAUAUGGAGACCACUUCUUCCAAGAUCUGGAAGACGAUCACCGAUGACAUUUUGGCCCGUCUUGAGGAGCGGAAGGCCUUAGCCCGAGCCGAGCUGGAAGGUGCCGACAAUACGUCGAAUGCUUCUAGUGACGACGAUGAGCAAUGAUCGGUAUUGUUGGGCUCGAUUCGGCGAUUGAAACAAUUGUCGUUAACUUAUAGAUGUACAUUCCGGUCAUAUUCUAUACCCAAAAGAGCCAAUA